AUGGCCGAGCCGGUCUCCAGCAUAAUUACCAUCGCAACGGUUGGGCUGGCCCUCGUCCGAGCAUGCAAGAACUAUAUCGAAGCGGUGCGGGAAAUCGACGACUUGGUCGACCGACUCCUCGAAAGAAUAACAGAGUUGCAUGGAGUUGUACGCCUACUCAACUCGAAGUACCAUCAAGCUGAGCCCGAUGGCAAUAGCGAGCCGUCAAUCUUGGUGCGUGAGAAGAUCGCGCUAUGUCGCGAUCGUCUUAGAGAGAUCAAACGCAAGAUAGCGGAUUUGGGACUUCAAAGCAAAAGUGCGGAGACCUUUCUCGACAAGGCCUCUGUGAAACGAAGAAUGGACGCAGUAGCCAAGGAUAUCGAAUUCGCGGUAGAUGACAUUCGACGAUACCUCGGAGAUAUCGUCCUUGUCACCGGAGCCUGCUCAUAUCUUGAAGUCAGCUCCUAUAUUCGCCGCGUUUCCGAGAGCUCAGUACCACAACCCAUAGCGUAUGACAGCAAAGAGUAUCGGCCAGCUCAAGAUGACCUCGUCUCGCUUGAUCGAUGGUUCUCAAAUACGGACACUAUCUCAGAUCCAGCACACCUCCGCAGAGCGUCCAAUCCGACAUCACCACCGCGUUUCUCUGUCUCCUGGUCCUCUUCGAGCGCUCUUCUUACACAAUCCGACGACGACGAAAGCAUUCUUUCUAAACAAACCUUCGGCAUCUCAAAGCCAGAGGAAGACUGGAAAGUCUUCCACCGCAAAGUGGUGCAGUGCAAAGAUGACCCCGCCCUCGUCGCAGAAAUUCAUUCGAUGUUGGAACAGCACCCAGAGCCUGCCACCCUCGUAAACAUUCUGGGGGACCAUCAACGCGCUCCCCUUCACCUCGCAGCGCAGCGUGGCUAUGUCAAUCUAGCUCGCAUUCUCCUCGUAUUCGGCGCCGAUAUUAACGCCAAAGACACCGAGCCUGCUUCCGUGUUAGAUCAUGCCGUCGCACACAAUCAAGUAGACUUCAUCACAAUCAUAUUGGAUAUGGGUGCCGACGAGUCAGCAAUACUGGAACGGAACAGGAAUCAAUUGGAGCAUAAAAAGGCUGUCAUUGCGCUUAGAAAGGCGCGGCAGCAAAAUCCAACCACGGAGAAGGCCCGAAAAUUUAGCUGGAGUCUUGCAAGAAUACGCUCAAGCUGA